GCAGACAGAGUCCGGCGAUGCGUACGCCACGGAGGAUAAUCAUCUGCUUUGUAUUGGCGUUGCUUUCAAUUUUUAUCUUCAUAUUUCUGACAACCGACCACCGCCCAAAGAAAAAUGAGCAGCCGCUGUACGGAUACGCGUCGAUCCUCUUUGAGGAGGAGGACGACGACGACCGAGACUGGCCCUCGGUGGGCAACAAUAAGAUGAUCGACCUGACGGAUUCGCUGGACAAGCCGCAAGAAUUCCAGGAAAGGUUUGGUGACGAGGUGAUUUUCUUCAUUGAGACCUCCGAAAAGGGUCGAAUGAACGUUCGGCAGGUGUGCACCAUCGAGGCGGUCUGCCUGCACAACCCUCACGCGCAUGUGUUCGUCGUGUUUCCUUACCCUGUGAAGGAAAUCGAUAUGGAAAGGAGUCCUGCCCUGGUGGAUUUGGUAGCCGGCAAGAACAACGUCCACCUGGUCACGGUCAGCAGCGAUGAGGUUGUGAGGGGGACACCGCUGGAGGAAGUGUUCGAAACAAAACUGAGGCUGUCCCCGACGCCGAAGGAGCACCUAAGCGACCUGCUGCGACUCGGCCUGCUGUGGAAGUUGGGUGGCGUUUACAUGGACCUCGACCUGAUCACCUUCAAGAGCGUGGAGCCGCUGGCCAGGCUGCGGAACUUCGUGACCGCGGACGGUGUCGACCAGGUGAACACGGCGAUGUGCGGCUUCCAGGCGAAACACCCGUUCCUGAAGAAAAUCAUGCAGGACGUGCGCGACACUUACGACCCGAACGUUUACUCGACGGUGCCGUUCGCGUUCAACGCGGCCAUCAGGGCGUACUUCCAUAUGUCCGUCGACGAGGCCAUCAAGCGGCGAAAAUUGUCAGACAUGUACAUCCUCGAUCAGAGUGUCAUCAGCCCGGUGACGUACGUGAAUUUCACCACUUUGUUGGACCAUCGCAUGGCCAACCUGACGGACAAAAUUGUGGAAAAUAGUUAUGGUGCUCAUUUGUGGGGCAGUCUGACCACCAAAUACCGGCUGAGGAUCGGAUCUAAGUCGCCCUAUGCAACCAUUGCCAGAAGAUUUUGUCCGAAUGCUCUCAACUACGCGACCAAAUACUUCUAGAAAGAUUUAUUUAAGUUGUACUUUGCUAAAGUAAGAGUUUGAAAUUAAGCAGAGACAAAAAAAGCUGAAUGAAAAUAAGGCUUUUUUUGAACUUGUGGUCAUGAAUACUUGAAUGAAAAGACGAUUUUUCAAAUAGGACUGAUUUAUGAAAUGAGUUAACUCAAAACUUGUAAUUAAUAACAGUUUUGAUAAAUAUUAUA